GAGAAGCCGGGAGCGACGCCUCCGAGCCGCGGAGCAUUGUGGGAGGAGGUUGACUCCGAUUUCCCCUUCCCCUCCCCCUCCCGGCCAAGAUGUCUGACAUGGAGGAUGAUUUCAUGUGCGAUGAUGAGGAGGACUACGACCUGGAGUACUCUGAAGACAGUAAUUCUGAGCCAAAUGUGGAUUUGGAAAAUCAGUACUAUAAUUCCAAAGCAUUAAAAGAAGAUGACCCAAAAGCAGCUUUAAGCAGCUUCCAAAAAGUUUUAGAACUUGAAGGUGAAAAAGGAGAGUGGGGGUUUAAAGCACUGAAACAAAUGAUUAAGAUUAACUUCAAGUUGACCAACUUUCCGGAAAUGAUGAAUAGAUAUAAGCAACUCUUAACCUAUAUUCGGAGUGCAGUGACAAGAAAUUAUUCUGAAAAGUCCAUCAAUUCUAUUCUUGAUUAUAUCUCUACUUCUAAACAGAAUUCUGAUUUUUUAUGUCAGAUGGAUUUACUGCAGGAAUUUUAUGAAACAACACUGGAAGCUUUGAAAGAUGCUAAGAAUGAUAGGCUGUGGUUUAAGACAAACACAAAGCUUGGAAAAUUAUAUUUAGAACGCGAAGAAUAUGGAAAACUUCAAAAAAUAUUACGCCAGUUACAUCAGUCCUGCCAGACUGAUGAUGGAGAAGAUGACCUGAAAAAAGGUACACAGUUAUUAGAAAUAUAUGCCUUGGAAAUUCAAAUGUACACGGCGCAGAAAAAUAACAAAAAACUGAAAGCACUGUAUGAGCAGUCGCUUCACAUCAAGUCUGCCAUCCCUCACCCGCUGAUCAUGGGUGUCAUCAGAGAAUGUGGUGGUAAGAUGCACUUGAGAGAAGGUGAAUUUGAAAAGGCACACACAGAUUUUUUUGAAGCCUUCAAGAAUUAUGAUGAAUCGGGAAGUCCAAGACGAACUACUUGUUUAAAAUACUUGGUCUUAGCAAACAUGCUAAUGAAGUCGGGGAUAAAUCCAUUUGACUCACAGGAGGCUAAGCCGUACAAAAAUGAUCCAGAAAUUCUAGCAAUGACAAAUUUAGUAAGUGCCUAUCAGAAUAAUGACAUCACUGAAUUUGAAAAGAUUCUGAAAACGAAUCACAGCAACAUUAUGGAUGAUCCUUUCAUAAGAGAACACAUUGAAGAACUUUUACGAAACAUCAGAACACAAGUGCUUAUAAAGUUAAUUAAGCCUUACACAAGAAUACAUAUCCCUUUUAUUUCUAAGGAGUUAAACAUAGAUGUAGCUGACGUGGAAAGCUUGCUGGUGCAGUGCAUAUUGGACAACACCAUCCAUGGCCGAAUUGAUCAAGUCAACCAGCUCCUUGAACUGGAUCAUCAGAAGAGAGGUGGCGCCCGUUACACUGCACUAGAUAAAUGGACCAACCAGCUAAACUCUCUCAACCAGGCUGUGGUCAGCAAGCUGGCCUAAUGAGAGCAAGCCCACACAGACCUGCUGAGUGCCGAGUUGUAAUCCUUAAGAGAACUGGGAAUGGCAAAACUA